CAGCAUUGCAUUUGUGUGUCAGUAGCUUGUUGAUGAAGUAGGGCUGUUCAAUGCUUCAAACCAGAGGCAGAGGAGUAACAGCGCAGAUCGGUGGGCUCCACUUCAAAACAUCUCGCAGACCACGACCAUGUUGCAGUUCCAGCAAGCACCACAAAGAACCUGUUUAGUAGCUAUUGUUGUCUGCGAGAUUAAAAUGGACCAGAAAUGGAUUCAGGUUCUGGUGAUUCUACUGUUUUAUCAAAAAAUGACUUCAGGCACUGGUGACAGAACAGUAAGAGACGGGGAGCCAGUUGAGAUCCAUUGCCAGCCUGCUGACCCGUUCAGCAUGGUCAUGUGGUUUCGAGUUCAGGACAAUUCAGGAAUGGAAUUCAUUGCCUCUUUUAGCAGAGAUGGCACAUUAAAGACACCCAGUAUUCCCCUCCCGCAAGCCUUCAGUGCCACAAAGAUAAAACAACAUAUCCUAACACUGAAAUCCUUCAAAAAAGCUCAGGACAGCGGCGUCUAUGGCUGUGCAAGCAUUCAGAGUAACACACUGAAAUUUGGCAAGGUAACCCGACUGACUGGAGAAAAAGUUAAAGUCACAACAAGAGCACCACUGAUCACCAACGCCAAACAAAAUCUACCCACAACUACCACCGCCUGUGUUUGUUCCUACACCAAUAAGAAUGGGGAAGCCAGUCUUUCCACGCUUUGCUCUCUAACGAUUCUGGGCCCACUGGCUGGUGGCUGUGGCCUUCUUCUUCUGCUCCUCAUCAUCACUAUUGUGUACUGCAAUCAUGUAAGGACACGGAGGUGCCCACACCAUAACAAAAGAAAGAAGCGGACGAUGGCUCCUGAGAAACAAAUGAUGACCAGCAGACACAUGUAAUCUGAAUGGUGCAAUUUCACUGGCAUUUCUUUCAACUGCAAUUAUUUGUGUUAUUGCUGCAGAAAUAAUUCUUCAUCUCAUUUACAGUUUCAUGAUCAUUUCAUGGUGAAUAAUUUGUCGGCAAGUUAAAACGUUCUCACUGUGUCUGACAGAAAAUACAAAAGGUGUUUAAAGUGGUUCAGGUAUUAAACGCAUCAAAUACUGCAGUGAGCUUUGACAGCUGAUAAUGCGGCUCUGUCGCAUUCAGACUGAACUCUUUUAAUGAAAUAACAUGGUAUGAAAUGUAUAUUUAUCCAAUCGUCAUGAAGCUUCAUAAAUACAGAAACAAGUAAUGGCCCGUAAAUAGAAUCCAAGAAUUCAGAACUCUGAUUCGUUCAUUUCUUAUUAAAAUAUUGUGAAGCAAUUGUAUAUAAUUAAUUUUUGCCUUUGUGUGACUUUGUUUGAAACCCAGUUUUUACUUUACUUUUUCAGCAUAGUCUCCCUCCAUUGAUUUUUGACAAUCACUGUACUGUCCUCUGGUUUAAUGAUUUAAUUUGCCUUGAGCCUUCAAAAAAUUAAAUAACCGUUAA